CGUAUCCGUAAAAUUUGAGCGUCCUAGCAACAGCAGAAGAAUAUACAGAAACAUGGCUGUUGAGAAGAGUAGUCGGAUAAAAAAGACAUUUGAUGUUAAUUCCCCUGUGAAUAAAUAUGAAGUAUUAACACUUGAAAAGCACACAAGUGGCUUAAACGAGGAGCAUAUUUUCCUAGCAUUUCAAGCACUAGAUGAAUUAAUUCCUAACCUGGGAGUUUACUCACGGAUUUUCCAGAGAUUAAGACAGGAUUUAUUUGAGGCUGUGUACAGUGAUGAGCUCACGGGUGCUGUGGAUAAGCCAGAUCAGUUCAUCCAAAAACUGCCAUACUUCACCCUGGUAAAGCAGGUAUACAAUCAAAGACAUGAACAGACUGACAAGUUAACAGAACAAGUGGAAAUUCUGAAAAAAAGAUUAUUUGAUAAACACAAACAACUCGAAGAAGUCUUACAGAGUUUGGCAAGUAAAGAUGAGGAGAUUAACAUGCUUAGUGCCUCCACAAAACAGUUACAUUUGACGAUUGAUACAAAAGAGAAAGAGACAGAAGAAUUAACAAAUAAACUUGAAGAGCAACUGGCAAGUGCUAAGAUGAAGGAACACCAGCUGGAGUGUGAUAUUAUUGAUCUCAAAGAGGCACUAAAUGAUGCAAAGAACCAAAUCAACUUUCUAUCCCAAUUUAAAAACAGUUAUGAUAAUGUUUAUCAAGCUUUUAUGGACAAGACUGUUGUUGCUGUAAAUGAGAAAGAUUCCAGAAAGAAAAAAACUUCAGUCAUAGCCACAAAAAGAGCCACUUUAUUGAAUAGCAUCCAUUCUGCACAUAAAUUGGAGGAACAAUUAUUAUCAGUUUUAAACAUAGCUAUUGAAGAAUAUGACAAGUUUAUUGAUGUCCACAAAUCAAAUAUUUGGGAAAAGUCAGUAACUGAAGAAAUGACAGAGACAGAAUUAGACAUUCAGGAGCUAGAGAUAGCUGAUGCUGAUCAAGAGCUGGAGAUUAUUCAGUCCAAAUUUCAAAACACAGCCAACAAUUUGUUGACAGAGUUGGGUCUGCUACAGCAGCACACCAACAUGCUUCAGGAACAGCUGCAGAUAUUGGAGGAUUCCAAACCACCACCCAUAAAAAGGAAAACAGGGCAUACUCAUGAAAAUAAAGGAGACUCCAUACUUUCAGCUGGUCUAGAAGAAGGGGAAACCUCUGAGCCUUUUGCUGAUCCAUUCAUCCCCCAAGAGCGUGUGUUUAGUAAAUACGCUGCCAUGUUGUACACAUCCAACAACAAUGGCAAGACAUUUGAGGAGUUUAAAGAUGCCAGCUUCUGUGCCAGCUGUGGGGAAAAGACAAUCAUUUGUCCUCACAAGUUGAGUGGGCCAGAAAAGAUUUUUAUUUUGCCCCACAAUUGCUCCCAUGUGAAAAUGACCAGGCCAAAAGUGAGAAUCAACAAACCAGCCUCUAUUGAAGAUCCACAAAGCUCUGCUGCAGUUUAUCCAGAUUUGACUUCAGGCAAAGAUUUGCCUUCCACCCCAGGGACUGAUUUUUCUAGAGAGAGUUCUUCUUUAGGAACUGCAGAAAUGUACAUGGUCCACACAGCUCAGACAUUAUGGGAUGACUUCAGUCAGAGGGCAAAGACUCCAAGAACAUUCCCCAGAACACUGACUCUGGAGAGAACUAAGUCGGUGAUGGAGCAGUUUUUGGGUUUUCUACUCUGGACAGAUGAAUAUCUGACUGACCAGCAGGCCAGCGGUUCCAUUCUGGAUCUGUUGUACGGGUAUAUGUUUGAGCGGUACACUGUGGAAGAUGCUGUGUAUAUGGCAGCUCAUGACUUCCUGUCUGCAGUUGUUCAACACGGAGCAGAAGAUAAGAUGCUACAGUUAUUUAGCAAUGUGUUAAUUGGCAACUUGGAUGCAUCCUGUCUCCGCUAUGUUCUUUUGGUCUGUGAUUUUAUUUCUGCUGUGGAGUGGAGAGAAGUUGAAGACUUCCGGACAUUUGCCUCUGCCAUCUACCCUUUCCUCAAUGAAGAUGACUUUGAGAGUUUACAAAUGAGCUACACAUCGUACAGUGAGAACAAGAUAUCUAAGGGACAUGUGGCCUCCUUUAUAAUUCACAUCAUUCUCAAGUACAGAGAGCCAAGGUUCCAUGAUCUAGAAAACAAACUGGUUGCCUACCAAGUAAGUGAAAACGGCCAGCUCAACGAGGCAGAGUUUAAAGAGGCUGUAGACAACCUGAUGCCCUUGUCCAAUGAGCGCCUGAGACAGAGGUUGUAUCUGCAAGCAGAGAAAGCUGUUGAAUCUGAUGGCAUCAUUAAAGCUGUCCCCAUCAUGAAGUUAGCUCAAAUUUCUGGCUACUUGGCUCUUCAGCAAGUGACCUCAGUGGUGAAGGAAAAUGUAGCUUUAAAGAUGGGUGAAGCAAGGAGCGCAACUAACAACACAGCACGAUCUGAACAUUCUGAAAUGUCAACUGACCAGGAGAAGACAGAAACUCUUCUUACCAUGGAGUUUGUCAAACAGAUGGCCUUCAACAUAAACAGACAAGCGAAGCACCGUGCAGAGAGGAGAGGCUAUUCUGGAAACAGCAAUUCUGAGUGGUAGACAGUACAUGCUGAUAUCUUUUUGUAUGUCCAGUAUAGCGGUAAAGAGUCUAUGCUGAAAUUUUUUUGUAUGUGCAGUAUAGUGGUUAAUGACAGGAUUUGCUGGAUUCUUUUUGUAUGUCCAGUAUAGUGGUUAAUGACAGGAUUUGAUGGAUUCUUUUUGUAUGUCCAGUAUAGUUGUCAAUGACAGUAAAUGCUGAAAUCUUUUUUAUGUCCAGUAUAGUGGUAAUGUCAGUCUAUGGUGAAAUCUUUUUUUAUGUGCAGUAUAGUGGUUAAUGACAGGAUUUGCUGGAUUCUUUUUGAAAAGCUAAAAUCUUAUUGUGUGUACAGUAUUGAAAAUGUGUUUGCUGUAAAGUUUCUUGUAAAA